CCCGGCGGAGGAGAGUAACGGCACCCAGCGGAGCCCAUGCACGCAUCCAUCCAUACGAGUCCCAACCCACCACCACCACCGCCGUCUCUUCCGCCCGAAGGAAACUGCAUCCCCGAUUUCCCAACCCACAACUUGGAGGCGGCGGCGAUGGGGAAGCUGGCGAGGCUCGUGGACGGCAUCAAGACGAGGCUGAUCAAGAAGAAGGGGGAGGAUCAGGAGGAGGCGUCGGCGGCGUACUACGACAAGGUGGGCAAGACGGAGAGCAUGAGGGUGGAGAUCAGGAGCCGCCGCGCGCAGGAGCUCAUCGCCAAGAACCUCGCCGCCGCCGACUCCAUCGGCCACGGCGGCGCCAAGAAGGCCAAGAAGCGCUUCUUCGCCUUCUGACCCACCGGAAUCGGAACCUCCGUUUCUCCAUGUAUCCUUGUCGCAAGCAAGAUCGAUCAAUCCCUGGUCUUGUCUCCCCCGUGCGAUGAUUCAUUAGUUGCUCCAUUAGCUCCCUGCCUGCAUGCAGUUGAUCAUCAUGUACUGCAAAUAUGAUUAUCUCCUCUAAGAUUAAGAUGUAAUCCAUGCAUGUGUUGUUCUCUGAGCUCUGACAUAUAUAUCUUGUUCGCCUUC